UGUUAAACGUCAUACUCUUCCUUCUCGCUAGGUUAUGUUUUGUCUAUGGUGCCAUAUUCAAAUCAAAAUUUGAAAACAAAUUGUAAUUUGUGUACUUUAUUUAUUAUUGUGUUUUUAAUUAUUUGCUCGCCUGCAUAUUUUGGUUGAAAUUCGUGAGCUUUUUCAAAUGGACAUAACAUGGAAAUUGAACAUGGCAUACCGGUAAAACUUAUAUUUUUUGCUCAAUCUAGAGAAUUAGCUGGUAUAAGAGAGACAACCCUGAAUUUACCAAAAAAAAUCUCAUAUGUACAGCUACUAAACUUGAUUACGAAGAAUUAUAAUUUAGAAACAAUAAGAAAUAAUAUUUUGCUAGCAAAAAACGAGGAAGUCUUAGCCGAUAACAGAGAUAUAGAAAUAAGGGAAAGUGAUAAUAUUGCUGUGAUUCCACCAUUGAGUGGUGGCUAAAUAUUUUAACUACAAGAGAAAAAUUGUCUGUGGUUUAAAAAAAUUAAGCUAGGGUUGUCAAAGAUCUAUACACUUGAUAAUAA